AUGGAAGGGAAGUGUGGAAAGGAAAGGAGAGGGAUUUUUUCUUCUUUUAUUCGAUGGGCAUUAAAUGGGGUCCACAAAAGGACGGGAAUAGACUGUCAGACAGAGACUCGUUCUGGAACAGCCAGCAAGAAGGACAACAUAAAACCCACCGAGAUUGAGGUGUAG